AUGCGAAGUGAAAAUAGUGAGAUUUAUUCCAAUGAGCCGAUUAUUUCUCGCUGUUUAAAUCAUUUACUAUUAUUUUCAUUGAUAUUAUCGACCACUUCAAGUACUCAGUUUAUAGAAAAUAUACAUAAACACCAGUCAUACUCAGAUAAAUUAAGUUUAUUUACUGGAAAUAUUUCUAAAUUGCCGCCUGUUGGAUUGCCUAAUAUUUUAAAUUGGCGAACUAACUUAUCUUUGGAUUUUUUUUCUAUGUCUAAAUCCAAAUUCAAUCGAACUAACCCAAUUCAAAUUGUACCUUCCAAAUUGAAUGUAUAUCCACACAUGAUAAUGGAUGUAAAUAAAUCGAAUCAUGACACAGAUGGACGUAUAUCUCAAAGAAUUUCUUCCUUAUCUAAAUCUAUUUCCAUUUUUGCUGAUCAAUCUGGUCCUUGUACACCUGAAGAAGAAGCUAAAAAGUUACAAUGUCUGCGAGAAUUACCAGCAGAACGAUAUGAAGUUCUCGAAGGUGAGACAGUUCUAAUGCGCUGUCGUGUAGCCAAUCAACGGGGCAAAGCUCAGUGGCGUGCUAGGAAUUUUUUAUUAGGUUACCAAAGAAAUAUUCCAGAUUGGCCAAGAUAUUCAUUACAAGGUGAUGCAGGUCAAGGAGUACAUGAUUUGUUGAUCCAAAAUGUUAGUCGUGAAGAUGCUGGAGUUUAUGAAUGUCAAGUUUCACCUGUUAUUGGACAAAAUCCACUUCGACGUCAAACUCUUUUAGUUAUAUUAGUGAAACCAACAACACCUAAUAUUGUAACUUCACCGGGUGUACCACAGCCAUCAGCAAAUGGACAAUUGAUUGUUGCUUUCGAUUCCAACAAAACAAAUUCAAUGAGCAAUAAUCUAUUAAAGUUAAUCUGUCAAUCAAAAGGUGGUUAUCCAACUCCGAAGUUUGAAUGGUUUCACAAUGGAAAUCUUAUUUCAGCAUCAGCAGAUUUGGAUGAGUUGCAGGAUAACGAUCUAGAAAUCAAUUCUCACCAGCUAGCUAAAGACCAGUUUGAGCUUGAAAUCGAUAAAAGAAAACUCUCCACUCAAGAUCGUAUUGUAUGCUUAGUGAGCAAUAAAGCAACAAUGCGUUCCAAACACUUAUAUGAACAAAAACUAAGAGCGGAAAUAAUGAUAGUUAUCCAUUCCUUACCAGGUGAUCCGGAAAUUAUUGACUGGGAUAAAUUCAUGAAUGAAUCUACAAGUGCAGCUGUUGGUUCAACUAUUGAAGCAACCUGUAGAGUGACUCCAUCUGGAAAUCCACCUGGUCAGGUAGUAUGGCGCUUUGAAAAUCCAUACUCUACCAUGGACUUAGAUCGGUUAUCCAUUUUUGCGCAUGAUCUAAUAAAACCAUCAAUAAAAAAUGUAAUUUCUAUUUCAAAUGAAAAUGUAAUCAAUCAAGUUACAGAUGAAAAAAUCCUGAGUAGACUGAAAAUUACAAAUCUUAAUUCGACAAUACAUGGCUUAUAUCUAGUUUGUGCUGUACGGCAUCAAGUUGGUCCUGAGAAGACAACAAAAAAACGAAUCUUUAUGAAACAUGGUCCCGAAUAUGUGAAUAUAUAUGGUCCUUAUGAAAGAAUGAUGGAACUGAAACAAAAAGCUACUGGUUAUGAUCAAUCACAGCAAACAGAUAAUACAACCACAUUAGUCACUGUGAACAAACAAAGACUGUUUGUUUAUUUAGACAGACCACAAUAUUUAUUAUGUGUAACUGCUGAGUAUUAUGGACAAGUUGAGAUUAAAUGGCGUGGUAAAUUGUACGACAGUGAAAGCUGGGAAUUCAUUGCUCCAGUUGAAUCAUUUCUACAGAAUGAACCUGAUGAAUUGCAUCGUUUCAAUCUUAUCCAAGCAUCGGUAAUACAAUUAGUAUCAACAAAUCAGAAACGAAAUACAUUAUCAUGGACGGAAAUAGAAUGUAGUGCUUUACCGGGUUAUUUCAAAAAAGAAAAUGAAAAUCUGGUAUCGAAGCGGGUUGAUCUGCAAAUGUAUAGAAUUCCAGGUGUCCCCACAAUUACGGGAUAUAAAGAAGGAACACUACUGGCAGAUGGGACUAUACUGACGCUACACUGCAUAGGAGAACAAGGAAAUCCUCCAGGAAAACUAGUUUGGAUGCAAGUGUUAAAAGGUACAAAUGAAAGUGAACUAAUCAAUGAAUCGAGUAUUAUUCAACAAAAUCAAUCGAACAAAUAUCCUGAUGGAAUGAUACAUUCAAUGUUAAAUAUUAAUUUGACAAAAUCAUAUGAUGGAGCAAUUUUCAGAUGUGGAACUAUAAAUCCUGGUUAUGGAUAUUCAGAUACACAAUUCAGUUUACCAGUAGAAAUAAGCGUAGCCUAUUCAGCAACAGUAUUGAAUAUUAGUGUUAUAAAUGGAACCGGACAGUUGAUUAUACAUUCGAAAUCACGCGAUGAACUUCAAACUAUUUUAAAUCAUUAUAAAUCUAAAUACAAUGUUGGAAAUAUACCAAUAGUUCAAGCAAAAGCUGGUCAUACGCUUGAACUAGUAUGUCAAGUUGAAAUGUCGAAUCCCAAACCUGAACUGGAAUGGCAACUUCAUCAUUGUCCACCUAUUCAACUUGCAUCAGUUUUGAAAGGGAAUAAUCAUACAAUCAAUGAUAUGAAGUUGUCAAACGAUCCAUAUGAUGCAUUUUUUAAAAGCUGUCAAACUAUUCACUUAAUUGGUAAUAAAUUAGAAGAAACAAAAACUGAAUCAGGUAAAAUUCGUCUAUUAAAUAGUUAUUUGGAACUUCCUAUGAACAUAUCACAUGAUGGAGAUUUAAUUGAAUGUUUAAUGAAAAAAUAUCCUGUGGAAUAUACUAAUAGUUCCGUGCAUGAAAAAUAUACAUUGUCUAAAUCUUAUUAUCAAAAUACACAUUCACAAGCACUUACAUUAUUAAAUUCACAUAUUUUACUGUCUAUUGAAUUUUCACCAAUAUUUUUAACUUUAACAAAACAAUUAAAUUGGCCAGUGGAACUGAAUUCAUCAAAUAAGAAUGAACAAUUUAUACCACAUUAUAUUGUGGUUGAAGGUGGAUCACUUGAUUUAGAUUUAGAACCUAUUUCUAAUCCAUCAUUAAGUAAAACAUCUUGGUUUAAAAAUGGCACACCUCUUCCUUUAUCAAAUGAUCCAACAAAAGUAUACAAUUCUUUCAAAAAUGAAGAUCCUAGCAAAAGUUCGAAAUCAUAUUCCACAGAAGAUUUAAAUCAACGUCUAAUUGUAAAACCGACUAAAAUAUUUAUUCAUCCUGUUAAACGUUCCGAUAUGGCCAAUUACACGCUGAUUGCAACCAAUGCUCUAGGGAGUAAAGAAUUUACUUUUUUUCUCAAUGUAACUUACGGGCCCCAGCUGAUUGGAUCUCCUUCAAUAAAUGUGACAGUUUCUGGUAAAAAGGCUGAAUUAAUCUGUCAAUCCGAAGCCAAUCCAACACCAACUGCAAAUGCUGUCCGCUGGAGGCGUUUGACAAACACAUUAAUUGGUUAUGACUCCUCAGAAAAUAUCUAUAGAAAUUCGAUUUCACGAACAUCCUUUCAUACUUCUCAGGCUGAUUCUGCUGCUGGAAUUCAUUGUGACAAAGGUGAAUGGAAUGCUGGAUUUAAAUAUUAUGCCAAAUGUUGGUCGUCAGCUCCUGGAGUAAUGACAAGCACCCUUACAAUAUAUAGUUUAAGUCCGAAUGAUGUUGGGCGAUAUCAGUGUAACAUGGAUAACGGAAUUGGAUCGCCAGCUGUUCGGACGAUUGAUCUUACUUAUCCAUUUGCACCAAAAAUAGUACCAGUCACAAGAUGGUCAAGAGCUGCGCCCAAUAUAGCUUCGGAUAAGAAUAAAACCAUAAGUGCUACUCAAUCCAUCCCAAUGUCCAAUCAAAUAGUCUCUAUAGUGAAAGGAGAUCAUGCCAGGUUAACAUGCGUAAUUGCUGCAGAACCUAUACCAGAAGUUCAUUGGUUAAGAGAACCAGCUAAUUUAACAUUGAUUGAAGGAGGCCAAUUUCACUCAGUAGUUAAAUCUAUUCGACCAGGAUUAUAUCAUGCAAUUCUGUAUUUGGUACAACCGCAAGAAGUCGAUUUGGGUCGAUAUUUUUGUAAAGCAAAAAAUUUGGUUGGUGAAGAUACCGGUCGUGUGGAUUUAAUACCUUCAACGCAACCUGAUCUUCCAAGUUCACCACGUCUAUUAAAUGCAACUAGUACAAGUUUAACCGUUUCUUGGACACAAGGAUUCAAUGGUGGUCCAGAACAAACUUUCUUGUUACAUUGGCAUCCAAAUGAAGAUCCAGAUCAUUAUGAUAAAGUCAAUAUUAAAGAAGAUUUAGACAAUGAAGUAUUAACCUAUAGCAUCAUUGGCCUUCAAAAAGCUACAACAUAUCGUGUGUCAGUUAGCGCUUAUAAUACACUGACUUCUGCAACCUCGUUCACACCUUACCUUUUGGCCUCUACAACUGAAUUUGACUCCAUGUCAGGAGAAGAAGCAAUGAGAGAUGAAGCCAAAGUCAAAUCAUUGAAAGAUAUUCAAAGAGGGCACUGGGAUUCUAGAUGGCAAUUAAAUUCUAAGAACUCCGAAAACUCCAUAAAUCCAGAUCACCAAAGACGAUCAGUUCGAUCUGGUCAUGAAUCAAAUUCUUUUGAAGAUAACGCUUUUGUGAUUAUAGUUGCUGUUUCUGUAUUUGGAUCGUUUAUUUUAAUAGCAAAUUUAUUGAUAAUAUUGAUAUUCACACGGUACAAGCGCCAAAAAAUGAAACAGGAUGAACGUAAACUAUCUGUUGCAGGCGAAUUUAUGCAAACAAACCCAGCAGAACAUGGUUUUCCAGAAGUACACACAAAUCCACAAAACAGUUUCUCAAUGUAUCCGGACGAUAUGCGCUUAAAUGCUAGUUACAUGUUGCAGUUAGCACCACAUGAUCAGUUUUCACCAUUUCAAAACGGAUGGGAACAAAUGCCUUUGAAUAUAUGCUCAGAUCAAACUUCAUCUAUUAUAAGAGGAAACCAAGUAUUUUCAAGCUCACCUCAUUCAAGCAUGAAUGCAAUGAAUAUGCAAAAUUUCAACUCUCCCAAUCAUAUAGAAUUUAAUAAUCGACCUCCUAGUGAUAUAUCUAUUCAGCCAUCGUCUGUUUUAAUAAAUAACUCAGACCGGACUGCAUUGGCUUAUUUAAACCCAGAUAGUGGAACAGUAGAAGCAAUUCAAAACGUUCAAGAUUAUCAUGACUGUGCAGAAUUUGUGCAUCCAGCGUUUCUUAAUAGUAAUUCUGCUUUUAAUUACGAUGCAGAACAAAAUCUAAAACAUUUAGAUCGUCCUACACCUACUCACCGACGACUUGUCACUGUCGGUAGAACGUUAACUGAAAAGAGUAACAGAACUAGGUCACCACAUUCUGGAGCUGCUUCAAAUGUUUCAACCAUUAGGUCAAAUGGACAUGGAACUACUAAUAGCUUGGAAAGGAGCCUUUCAACUUUUCAGCGAUCUCAUCAAGUAAACAUGCUAAGCGAUUACAGACAAGUUGAUAGCAGCCUAAUGCUACCUAACGGAGGCUUAGGACCAAACAUAACGAGUCAAAGUCCUCACCAAAAUGGGCUAUCGUUUAAUUCAAACACAAGAAUACUUCAAAGCUCCUCAGGGAACUGGAUUAGAAAUGGAAUGACUACAAGUCUUUAUGGAGGUCAUACCCCGUCGCGGAAACAUUGUGUGGAUCCUCAUGAAAGUAAUGAUUUUGCAGCAUCAGGACAACAAAUAGCAAGAAAUUCAUACAAUUCCUUUGGACAACAAUCUGUAUCUCAACGCACGAACAGUUUUGAAUUGCCCAAUAGUCACAUUUUUAACAAUCGACAGCAUGUACAGUCAAAUAUGAGUUCAGAAGUCUCAUCACCAUGCUAUUAUCAGGAAUCACCAGCAAGGUAUUUGACCCAGUUAGAAAAAAGCUGGCCACAACAAAACCAAAAUAACAAUGACUGUAGAAAUAUAAACAUGGAUUUCCCAUCAAAUGGAUCGACUAUACCACCGCCGAAUGAUUUUCAAACUACCGGUUCUCAUAUUCCCUACAUACAAGUUAGUAGUUCCACUCCUACUGUCAGUAGACCAUAUUAUCACAUUACAGAUGAAAACGAGAAUACUAUCGUUCAAGAGAGUGCUUGUCCAGAUCAUUUGCAAAUAAUUAACCCGCAACAUUUGGGUUUACCUAGAAAUAUUUCAAAUGAAAUGAUAACACACCAAAAUCAAAGCAACUAUUCUUCGUAUGGUUGUGUUUUAUGA